AUGGAAAUCAUCCCACCUGACAGAUGGCGACAUGUAGCAUCUGGCGACAAUCCUGCGGAUUGUGCUUCAAGAGGGCUUCUACCAGAAGAACUGAUGCAGCACCAUUUGUGGUGGCACGGGCCAGAUUGGCUCAAGAAGGAUGAAACUCAUUGGCCAGCUACCAAAGUCAUCAAAAAAGCCAAUCCUGAUGAAGCAAAACCCAACAAGAUGCAAGUAUUCACGUCACAAAACACAGAGGAAUUUCUGUUUGGUCUCCUUGAGAAUCAUUCGGACUAUCUACGGACUGUAAGAGUGUUUGCCUUAACCUUGCGUUUCAUCAAAAACACCCAAGUGACAGAAGACAAACGUGAGAAAGGAUUUGUGACUGUGAAUGAACAAAACAACGCAGCUGAUCGUAUAUUUGCUUAUAUCCAGCAACAAUACUUUCCUGAGGAGUACAAGUGUCUCAAUUCCGGAAAACCCCUUCCCAAGUCAAGCAAAUUGCGACAUUUAGUGCCCUGUCUGGACGAUUCAGGCGUGAUGCGAGUUCUAGGAAGACUACGACGUGCUCAGGUGCCAGAGAGAAUUCGCCAUCCCAUCAUCUUGCCAAGCCAACAUUCGAUGGUUAGGAGCCUAGUGACUUUCACACACAAAACUCAUCUUCAUUCAAGUGCUCAGCUGACUCAGGGCAUCCUACGCUCAAGCCAAGGACGGAGAGCCCACUCAUGGGAGACUUGUCGGGCAUUCUACAAUUCUGGAUGUGACUUUGCCGGGCCUUUCCGGAUUCGUGCCUCUUAUCUGAGGAAAUCUGUGGUCACAAAAGGAUACAUCUGUGUAUUCGUGUGUAUGGUAACCAAGGCCAUACACCUGGAAGUUGUCAGCGACUUGAGUACCGAGAAGUUUGUCGCUGCUUUGCGCCGUUUCACCGCCCGUAGAGGUCAUUGCCAGACGGUCUACUGCGACAACGCGACGAACUUUGUGGGAGCCGCAGGAGCUACUCGAGAAGAUCGACUGAAAGGCAUUCGUGAUCACCAAAACAAGGUAACAAAGUUCAUGUCUAGUUACGGAACUCAGUUCCACUUUAUUCCGGCUGUGCAGGAAAGUGCACAAACCAACCUGGGUAAAUAA